GAAUCAGCUUAUCAAAUUCGUCCGGAUUCCGGAUAUUUGUUUUGAAUCAAAACAUCUCGCUCUUAUUUGUGGUUAUUAUUUUAAAAUCUUAAUACAAUACAGGGACCCCUGCGUAAGGUCAACUGGACGCAGCUAAUAUAAGCUCACUGAGAACAAUUAUCAUUUUCGUCAUUACAACCAAGUUAUUCAUAAGAAACACACAAAAUGGCUGCUAAUGGAAAACUAGCUCUUCUAAGCGUGUCGGAUAAGACAGGCUUAUUGCCUUUAGCAAAAUGCUUGUCCGAGAUUGGGCUGGGGCUCGUUGCCAGCGGUGGUACAGCCACAGCUAUCCGCAAUGCGGGCCUCGCCGUAACCGAAGUUUCGGACAUCACCAAGGCCCCCGAAAUGCUCGGAGGACGAGUCAAAACCCUGCACCCUGCUGUUCACGCUGGUAUUCUGUCUAGAGCCAUCCCAUCAGACCAGGAGGACAUGAAGCGUCAGAACUUCGACAUGAUCAGCGUUGUCGUCUGCAACUUAUAUCCUUUCGUUCAAACUGUAUCCAAACCCGGAGUUACUAUCGCCGAUGCUGUUGAGAACAUCGACAUUGGUGGCGUGACUUUACUCCGUGCGGCGGCUAAGAAUCAUGACAGAGUGACUAUUAUCUGUGACCCUAACGAUUACGAUGCAGUCAUGCAAGAAUUAAAACAGAACAACGACCAUCAAACCUCUUUGGAUACUAGGAAGCGACUUGCUCUUAAGGCUUUCACACAUACAUCGGAGUAUGAUCUCGCUAUCACAGACUAUUUCCGCAGACAGUAUUCUGCAGGACAGUCCCAACUGACCUUGAGAUACGGUAUGAACCCUCACCAGAAACCAGCUCAGGUGUUCACGACCCGCGACAAACUGCCUCUAACUACUCUGAACGGUUCUCCUGGCUUCAUCAAUCUGUGUGAUGCACUGAACGCGUGGCAGUUGGUCAAGGAAUUGAAGGAGGCUCUCGGCCUGCCCGCGGCUACCAGCUUCAAACACGUGUCGCCCGCUGGCGCCGCUGUUGGAUUGCCUUUGACUCAAGAAGAGGCGUCUGUAUGUAUGGUGGCUGAUCUUCUCCCGAACCUGACGCCGGUGGCGUGCGCGUACGCUCGCGCUCGUGGCGCCGACCGCAUGAGUUCUUUCGGUGAUUUCGUCGCCAUAUCUGACGAAUGCGAUGCUAUCACCGCCCGUAUCAUCUCUCGAGAAGUUUCUGACGGAAUCGUCGCACCUGGAUACACCCCAGAAGCAUUGGAGAUACUUAAAAAGAAGAAGGGUGGUAGCUACUGCGUUUUGCAGAUGGACCCCAGUUACGAGCCAGACCUUAUGGAACAGAAGACUAUCUUCGGUCUCACUUUAGAACAAAGACGCAACGAUGCUAAGAUUACCGCAGACUUGUUCAAGAAUGUUGUGACUAAGAACAAUGUACUACCUGAGAAUGCUGUCAGAGAUCUCAUUGUAGCUACUAUUGCUUUGAAAUACACCCAGAGCAAUUCUGUCUGCUAUGCUAGAGAUGGACAGGUGGUAGGUAUCGGUGCAGGGCAACAGUCUCGCAUCCACUGCACCCGGCUGGCGGGAGGCAAGGCCGCGCUGUGGUGGAUGAGGCGACACCCUCGAGUGCUCGCCAUGAAGUUCAAGCAAGGCGUCACCCGCGCCGUGCAGUCUAAUGCUAUUGACAACUACGUUAAUGGCACUGUUGGUUCAGAUCUUCCUUUGGAGCAAUGGAACACGUUAUUUGAUGGGCCAGCUCCCGCCUUGCUGACUGAGCAGGAACGCUCCGAAUGGGCCAGCAAAAUGGACCGCGUGGCUCUGGCUUCGGAUGCUUUCUUCCCAUUCCGUGACAAUAUCGACAGAGCUGUGCAGUGUGGAGUCGAAUACAUUGGCAGUCCAUCGGGCUCGAACAACGAUCAAGAAGUGAUUGAGGCUUGCAAUGAGCACAAGAUUGUGCUUGCACACACCAACCUCAGGCUUUUCCACCAUUAAUAGAGAUACAAAUUAAACAUUUGAAGCUGGUAUGAAACUGGAUUCAUGUCAAAACUGUACCUCUACUAUGAGUCUAAAGUUACAGUAUUUGUUUUACAGCGCCUCUAGCAGCCACUUAGGGAAAUAAACAUUGACAUCAUCCCUAUGUAGUAUCGACAAUAUUGCUUUGUACAGUUCGGCCGUCGGAUCUCGGCGGGUCUGAAGUUAGGCUCCCGCAAUUUUAGCGCUUGAUAACUCGUAAAAAAGUAAAUGGUUUAAACAAAUAAAUGUAAUUUGUAGUUCUUAUUGCUGUUAAAAACUGUUAUUAGCAUUUAUUUCUUUAAUACCUUUCUUUUUGUUAGGGUUUUUAAGCCCUAAAAUUGCGGGAGCCUAACUUCAGACACGCCAAGAUCCUACGGCCGAACUGUAACUCAUGGAGAGGUACUGAUUAGUUUACAAAUGUCGUCUAAAUAUACCUCAUUGUCAGCCGUAUUAAAGUCUCCAAGGUUGAGGAUUAUCCUCAUGCUUUGCAGAUGACUUAGGAAUCGUUCUAAGUAUAGACAUUGUCGAUGUUAAGCAUGGUCAAGAUGACAGUUGAAACAGUUUUAUACCUUAGCCUUCAGCAAAUAAGUGACAUUAUCGAUAACUACUUUAGGAGGUACAAUCUCCAUUCGUAUACUAUAAUAAUGCCAUGAAAUUCGAAUAACUUGUUAUAUUAUUAUCUCGAAUGUGUUAGUUACAGAUCAUUUUGCCACAAUACUAUUUAAAAAUGAGAUGUUCAUAUACUUUUAUACAUUUGUUAAUUGUGAAUCAAAAGAUAAUCAUGUUGUUGUAAGGUUUGGUAACAUUUAUACUUUUACAAAUUAGAUGUAAGGUUGAAGUUGUUUAAGGUUAAGAUUAUUAUUUGAUAAAAAAUAUCAUAUAGAUAUCAAUGUAUCAGCUUAGGUUACGUGCUUGGUUAAAGUGAUGUAUGAGCGAUACAAAAGAGUGAUGAAAUCAUUCCAUAUAAAAAUUAUGCAUUUUUUUUAAAUGUACUUUAUUCCUGUUGCUUGUUUCCUAAAAUGUAUUGAGAAUGUUGUAUUUUUAGAAUAAAAGUGUUUAUCUUGAAUAUUACAUGGA